AUGGCAGAAAAUGUUCAUUAUGCUGACUUGAACUGUCCUGAACCAACCAGACCCAGAAUCCAGACAGUCCCUGAUGUCCAAGAUACUGCUUGUACCUAUGCAGAAGUGAAAGUGAAAUGCCAAGACACAAAUGCUGCAGCAAAGUGCAAAUCAUCUGGUAAAAGCUGUUGUUCCAGAAAACGUGUUGCUGUAUGUGUGGUGAUAAUCCUUGUGCUGGUCCUGGCAGUGUAUUUAAUAAUCACAUAUGCUCCAACUGCAGGCAGCCAAAACAGCUCAAUAUCAACGUCCCCCACCAGUCAUGGAGAGGCACAAGGCUGUCCCCCACCAUGGAAAAAACAUGGGAGAAAAUGCUACUUCUUUUCUCCAGAGCAGAAAAAAAAGGACUGGAAUUCCUCCCAUGCAGAAUGUGCUGCCAUGAACUCAGACCUGGUGAUCAUUGAGAGCGAGGAAGAGCUGAAUUACCUUCUCACACAAUCACGAUAUAAGUACUACUUACUUGGUCUCAGAUACUCUCCAGAGGAGCAGAAGUGGAAGUGGAUCAACAACGUGGAGCAUGACCCAGCCAUGUUCCCUAUACACAGAUAUUACAGCAACUAUGACUGCGUGACCAUUGGAUUUGGUGAUAUAGGAGCUGUACCUUGUAGUGGAACCCGAACAAUACAAAACAUGUGUGAAAAACCUGUAACAAUUUGAAAAAGGCAUCAGAAGGAGAGCUAAAAACAAGAGCUCCAGGCCGAUAUGUUAUCCCAGCUUCCCGUAGGAAACGUGGAUGGGAUGUGUCUCAUUUCUCUUCACCUGCCCAAUCUCUGCUCCCAGGGACUCCUGCAGCCCCCUCCAGACUCAUGGCCAAGCUCAGCCCAGCCUUUCCCUGAUGCUGUGUGAGCCUGGCUGGAUCCCCUCUGGAAGAGCUGGCUCUGGCACACAGGAGCACUCUGGGACUGUCUCAUGCCACAGGUGGCACCUGCAGGCAGGCAGUGCCAGGGGAGAGGAGUCCAGGCUGGGGCCAGGGCUGAUCCCAACCAGAUCCUGGCUCUGCAAGUCCCAUCCAUGCACAGCCCAGUGCUCCCAGCCCUGCCUGUGCCCAAGGAGACCCUUCCCCAGCUGGUCACAGCCUGGCCUUGCCUGCAGCCCCAAGGGAAGGGCAGCACAGAUUUGUGGUUGGGAUCUGGUGGGGAAGGGCAAGGCCAGUCCUUGCCAGGAUGGACAGGACAAAGUCAGGGGUGGGUGUGGAUAAACCUUCUGCUGUCCCAGACUGUUCCAUGAGCACAUGGGAUCCCAGAGCCUGUGGGGGAAAUGGGAAUCAGCAGAAGGGAAAGGAUCCUACAGCAGCACA